AUGAAGCGUUUCAGUCAAAGAGUGCUCUCGCGAGGGAAGGAUCCUAGCAAAUCCUCCAAGAAGAACAAGGACACCAAGGACGGUACGGCUUCCCCGUCGCGCGACUCUUCCAACCAGUCCCCCGUCCUCACCCCCUCAUCCUCCACCUCGACCCUCAACGAUGGCCGAUCCAAGAACACACCUGGCAACCCUACCGGAUCCGGGGGUGAUCACGCUGCUGGCCAGCCCUCCAAUCUGUCCAACGUUGUCCAGCAGGGUAGCCUCCCAGAUCGCUUCCCAGGAGGCGGAAGUUCCAGCCCCAAUGGCGGCGACAGGGGCCCCCCUUCUGUGAUCAUCAGCCCGACCCCCGGUGUCCCGCCGCCUGGAGCUGCCGAGACGAUGCCCCACGAUCUGGCUCCUCCCAAGCCUGGCCAGAAGUCGAUGCUCCUGCAUCGAGGUAUCGACAACCGAGACGCCAUCCCCGAGGGCCUGAGGACGCCCAAGCGCCAGCACUCGUCACGCUUUGACAUUUCCGCCCACCGUGAGCUGGAGAAGCUGCCCGGGUUUCACGAGGUGCCGCCGAACCGUCGACAGGAGCUCUUUAUGCAGAAGAUUGAUCAGUGCAACGUCAUCUUCGACUUCAACGAUGCCAGCGCCGACAUGAAAUCCAAGGAGAUUAAGCGACUGGCCCUGCACGAGCUUCUCGACUACGUGGCCAACAACAGGCAGGUCAUCACCGAGCCCAUGUAUCCCCGCGUCGUCGACAUGUUCUCCAAGAACCUGUUCCGUCCUAUCCCGCCGCCAAUGAACCCCCAGGGCGAGGCUUUUGACCCGGAGGAGGAUGAGCCCGUCCUCGAGGUGGCCUGGCCUCACAUCCAGGUAGUCUACGAGUUCUUUCUCCGCUUCAUUGAGAGCCAGGAUUUCAACACCAACAUUGCCAAGGCCUACAUCGACCAUGGCUUCGUCCUGUCUCUGCUUGAGCUCUUCGACUCCGAGGACCCCCGCGAGCGAGAUUUCCUCAAGACGACGCUCCACCGCAUCUACGGCAAAUUCCUCAACCUCCGAUCCUUCAUUCGCCGCUCCAUCAACAACGUCUUCUUCCAGUUCACCUACGAGACGGAGCGUUUCAACGGCAUCGCCGAGCUUCUUGAGAUUCUGGGCUCUAUCAUCAACGGCUUUGCUCUACCCCUCAAGGAGGAGCACAAAAUCUUCCUCACCCGCGUCCUACUGCCUCUGCACAAGCCCAAGAGCCUCAGCAUGUACCACCCCCAGCUCGCCUACUGCAUCGUCCAGUUUCUGGAAAAGGACGCAUCACUGACGGAGGAUGUCGUACUUGGUCUCCUCCGCUACUGGCCCAAGGUCAACAGUACAAAGGAAGUCAUGUUCCUCAACGAGGUCGAGGACAUAUUCGAAGUCAUGGACCCGGCAGAGUUUGCCAAGGUCCAGGAGCCCCUGUUUCAUCAACUGGCCAAGUCCGUGGCCAGCCCGCAUUUUCAGGUGGCGGAGCGAGCGCUGUACUUUUGGAACAAUGAGUACUUUUGCAACCUGGUCAGCGACAACGUCGAGAUUAUUCUGCCCAUAAUGUUCGCUCCGCUCUACGAGAACUCCAAGGGACACUGGAAUAGGACGAUCCAUGGCAUGGUGUACAACGCCAUGAAGCUGUUCAUGGAGAUCAACCCGCAGCUAUUCGACGACUGCUCUCAUGAUUACACGGAGCAGCAGAACAGCGCGGCGGCUAGGGAAGCCAUACGAGAGAGCAAGUGGGCAGCGCUCGAGGAGAAGGCGGAGCAGCAGCGAAUCGUGUCGGGAAUCAGCAGCGGCAGCGCGACGGGUACGACAGUGAUGACGACUACAGCAGCAGGUUUGGCCCAGGGUUCCAACCUCUCGAGGGUUGACGAGGUCGACCCGAUGUCCGAGGACAACCAGAAACGCCUGGACUCUCUCAAGCUCCAGGAUGCUGCCGGCCGUCUCAACUCUGUAAACCACGAGCGUCAGGGAUCCACGGGGUCAGUCAGGAGUAAAUGA